AAUACCCAUCAAUAGCCUGACACACACGCUGCUUGUGUUUAGUUCAAAUGCAUUUACUCGCCUAAAGCCUUCAAAAUUGCUUCUAUUAACAGAAUUUCAAACCGAUUUCAAACACACCUUUAAAAUUCAAAUUAUAACUUUAAGAAAAAUACCUAGAAUAAAUUUCACGAAACAAAGACACACAACAAAAAUGAAACAUAAAAAUAAAAUGAAAAAUAAAAAAGCCAGUGGUAAUCUGGACAAUUGCAAAACUGAUGACACAGCAAGUGCUGUGAAAUCACUUGUGGGCCAGUUGUUCGACAACAUUACACCUGAGCAGUGGGACGAGUUUCUGUUAGGUCGCCCAGACAAGGUCACCACAAAACAGCUCAUUACAUUUGUAGGAAACAUGGUGAACCUGUGCCCGCAGUCGACAGCUGCAAAUCAGGGGUCUUCCCAGGGCACCCCUGCACUUGACGUCUCCUCUUCCACUGCUGGCAGAAAAACAGUCGAGCCAAGGAAGACUGCAUGUGGCAGUGGGUUCAAGAAAAAACUUAAAAACCUGUGGAAGUGCCUUGGACAGUCAAGUUCUGUCAGCUCCGCAGACGGAGUUGAACGCGCCAUAGAAAAUCCAAUCAUUGUGCCAUCUUGUGCCGUUCCUAAGGAUUACGCCGUACACUCAGUCAUUGACGGUGUAAUUUUACAAGCCGAAAAAGCAGCGCACCUCCCUGCUGAAACUUACAAGAAACAAAUGUUUGACAAACUCUGGCCUGAAGUGGAGUCUAAAGAUGUUGAAAUCGCAGAAAAUGUGGAAACGGUCAUUUUCUCUGACAUCUGUAAGGAGCUGGCUAUUCCAGAGCAUGCUGUUUUCGCCGCCAUGGUUUUAGACCAAAAACACCAAGAAACGAUCGUUUCUACAUUCAAAAAACACCUGGUGCCGUCAUAUGAAAAUACAUCUAGUUCUGUAAAAGCAGAAACUCCCGCUGUGGAAAAAACUAAAAACCCACAGAAAUCCUCUGUUAAACAUGAAAGCAGCGUGCCGGCUGAAAACAACUCUGAGGAUAAAAUAUGGCUGAGCACACUGAUUCAAACUGUGCUUUCACAGUUGACUAAAAUAUCAGUGUCCCCCUCUUCUGACUCUCUGCAUGAACGUUUGUUGGAGAAGGUCUGGGCUGAAAUCCAGAACAUUAAAGUGCCUUUAGGCCCAGAAGUGCUGGAAAAGGUUGCCAAGGACAUUUUCAGUGAUCUAAAUGAAAAAGUAACAGCUUUAGACGAAACACUGAUUGACACCACAGUUUUUUUAGUAUUCAAACAACGUCUAUUGGCAUUAACAGACACGUGUCAAGUUCAAUCACGUGAAAAAGAAGAAGAAUACAGGCUUUCUGUGGAAAUCUGUAUUGAGGACGUGGUUAGGCGUGUUCUUGGGAAGGAAGGCGUUUGCAUCCCCUUAGACAGGCUUGAAGCCAUCCAAAACCGGUUUACCACUGUAGUCUGGGCAGAAAUCAAAGAAGAAUAUGUUAAAGUCCCAUUGGAGAACUUUAAAAACCUCAGCAAGUUGGUUUACAAAUCUCUUUGCAAAGAGUGGCCAGAGUUCAUUCUCACGGUUAUGCAGUUACAAAAGCCAAUAGUUGAGGAAACAAUCGUGGAAGUGUUCAAAAACCACGUAGCAAAAUUAUCUAAAAAACCGGGUUGGAUGCGCCGGUUUUUCUCGUCUGCACGCAAUUUGUUUUUGUUGGAGCAGAAGACAAAAUAAGGUUUCUGUAGGGGAAUCAACUGAAAAACAUUUCUUAAAAACUAAUUGGAGCCAUUUUUAAAAUCACAAUGGCUCUUUAAUCCAUCGAGUCAUUUAUGAAAAUCAGCUGACCGGUCGCGACAGAUGGCCGUCCCCUCACUGAGCCCGGUUCUGUCGGAGGUUUCUUUCUCUUAAAAGAAAGUUUUUCCUCCCCACUGUCGCCAAGUGCUUGCUCAGAGGGGUGUGUCUGUUGGGGUUUUCUUUUUAACACUGUAAGGUACCAAACCUUACAGUAAUGCAUUGUAAGGUUACCUUACAGUGUAUUACUGUAAGGAAACCUUACAGUGUGAAAAGACCAUCAUUUCAUUUCAUUUCCCUUACAGACUGAAGUGAACUGAAUUGAACUGACAACAUAACUAAUUCAGCACUUCAAAUUAACAUUAAUAAAAAUGUUUAAAUUUCA